UUCUGAUUGGCUAGGGCCAGGUGUGGGCGGGACGAGAAGAAGCCGGCUGGACGACGAGCGUGGGAGAGAGCCAGAAACCAGCUGGAGCCGAAGUCCUAGCAUUGUAGGAGGAUUCUUCAGCCACUAUGUCAACCGGCACAGAUGUUUCUCUUUCUUCAUACGAUGAAGAUCAGGGAUCUAAACUUAUCCGAAAAGCUAGAGAAGCACCGUUUGUUCCCAUUGGAAUGGCGGGGUUUGCAGCAAUCGUUGCAUAUGGAUUAUAUAAAUUGAAGAGCAGGGGAAAUACUAAAAUGUCUGUUCACCUGAUCCACAUG